AUGGCCACACAACAGCAGUUCAAACCCGCCUCUCUCUUCGGCGGGGCCAUUGUCGUAGACUUACCCGCAACAUUUGAAGACGUCAGGUAAAGCCCAUCCACCCUAUCUCCCAUCAAAAGUACCUACUAACUACCAUGUGAGUAUAGUGAGAUUCGGCAAGUCCCCGAUAACCAAGAAGUCUACCUGGACCGAGCAGGAUUUUCCAGCAUCGUCGUCGACAUCCUCGAAAGAGUCACCGACAAACCCAACGACAUCGAAGCCCUGAAAUUCCACCUCUCCGACAUCGUAGACGAGGACGCCGGACAGACGAAAAUCUUCAAUAUCGAAGAGGAAGUCACGAUGAGGAAAAUGCCUCCCGGGACGAAAGUUUUGACUCUGAUUGCGAUUUCUCCGCCGGGGGAGAAGAUGCGGGGACGGGCGAAUGAGCCUGAUUUUGUGGGGAUUCUGUUGGUGCUUGUGAGGCUGGUGGAGAAGGAGACGGAUGUGGUGGUGAGUGUUAAUGUGCCGCAUAUGCCGGGGGAGUAUGUGAGGGAGGAUGUGGAUUUGGGGAAGGGGAGGUGUGGGAGGCUGUUGGAGGUGGGGAAGGCUGUGAGGGAGAGGGUGCUGGAGACGUUUGAGGUUAAGAAUUGGGAUUUGUUUGUUUGA